CCGCGGUUGUCAUGGACAACGGUACUGGAUUGACCAAAUUGGGAUUUGCUGGUAACGAUUCCCCAUCAUUCGUGUUUCCAACUGCGAUCGCUACCUCUUCAUCGUCCUCGAAGAACACCAAGUCCACCAGCGGUGGAUCAGCAUCAUUCUUGUCUUCCAAGAGGGGACUCGAGGACUUGGACUUCUAUAUUGGAAACGAGGCUCUCAAUGCUGCCAGCGGCCCCAAUUACAACCUCUCAUAUCCAAUUAGGCAUGGACAGAUCGAAGACUGGGAUCACAUGGAAAGAUUCUGGGAGAACUCCAUCUUUAAGUACUUGAGAUGUGAACCAGAGGACCACUACUUCUUGUUGACCGAACCACCAUUGAAUCCUCCUGAAAACAGAGAGAGCACUGCCGAAAUCAUGUUCGAAUCGUUCAAUUGUGCUGGUUUAUACAUUGCAGUCCAAGCUGUUUUGGCGUUGGCUGCUUCCUGGACUUCGUCCAAGGUCCAAGAUAGAUCUUUGACCGGUACGGUUAUCGACUCAGGUGAUGGUGUCACCCACGUUAUACCGGUGGCCGAAGGGUAUGUGAUUGGUACUGCUAUCAAAAACAUCCCAUUGGCAGGUAGAGACAUCACUUCGUUUAUCCAACAGGUAUUGAGAGAUCGUGGUGAAGCUGAUACCAGUUUACAAACUGCUGAAAAGAUCAAGCAGCAAUUCUGUUACGUGUGUCCUGACAUUGUCAAAGAAUUCCGUAAAUUCGAUCAAUAUCCCCAAGAGAAGUUUGCCCAGUAUGUGGUCGAGUAUGCUGACAAGAGCAGAACCAACGUGGUGGACGUCGGUUACGAAAGGUUUUUGGCCCCAGAAAUCUUUUUCAAUCCAGAAAUCGCUUCUUCUGAUUACUUGACUCCUUUACCUACUGUUGUCGAUCAAGUGAUUCAGUCUUCCCCAAUUGAUGUUCGUAAAAAGCUUUACAAGAAUAUUGUUUUGUCCGGUGGUUCUACUAUGUUCAAGGACUUUGGCAGAAGAUUACAAAAGGACUUGAAGGGAUUGGUCAACGAGAGAAUUGAGUUGAGUGAAAGAUUAAGCGGCGUAAAGAGUACUGGUGUGGAUGUUCAAGUCAUUUCUCACAAGAGACAACGGAACGCCGUUUGGUUUGGUGGCUCAUUGUUGGCACAGACUGCCGAGUUCAAGUCUUACUGUUACACCAAGAGUGAUUAUGACGAGUAUGGCCCAAGUAUUGUUAGAAACUUCUCUUUGUUCUCUGUGCCAUAGUUGUCAGCGUAUAGAAGAAUACAGACAAAUUACGAGAAUAAAUGAGGUUGCCCAGAGUGUUGUAGACUGGUCUGACUAGUAAGACAUAGUAGAGGACGAAAGUAUUAUUUUUUCCAUAAUUUUCAUUAUUUCUGGUGCUAGUAUCUCCUUAUUCCAUGACUAAGUUUUCAAUGCCAUGGUUUGAUGUCUUGUAAACGAACCCGAAGAACGAACUUCAUGUGGGACGAAUAUACCAUAUAUGUAGGCUGAAUGUCAAUCUAUAAUAAUAACUAGUCAAUGCAUCGUGCUCAGAGUCAUUUCGGUACCAACAUUUGUUUAGCUUGUAGUACCAACGGUAUGGAAUCGAAGCAAGAGGAGCAGAUAUUCAGUGAACACCUAAUACAUACAGGCACCAGCAGCUCUACCAUCCCAAGUCCAAUUGACCCUAAGUCCCUCGAACUUGUAUUUCGACAAUUCUCGUU